AUGGCUGCUGCAAAUUCAACUGUGAAUGAGCAGUGCAAAUUAUGUGAGAACGGGAAAUAUAAAUGUCAAGGUUGCCAUCUAUCCUGUUGUAAACGACAUUUCGACGAACAUAGACAACAGUUGGCAAGUCAAUUUGACAAAGUCAUUUAUGAGCAUGAUGUCCUACAAGAAUUGCUCAAUCCGAAAUCAUCGACCAAUAACAACAAAACUGAUGAUUUACUGCAAAAAAUCGACCAUUGGGAAAUUGAAACAAUACAAAACGCAAAAUACGCAGCUCAGCGUGCUCGAGAAAAAGUGAAACAACUAAUGAAGCAUCCAAGCGAGCAAAUCCAGAAAGAAUUCUCUUUGAUUACAAAUGAACUGAAACAGAGUACACAGGAUGAUGACUACUUAGAACCCGAUUUCGAACGAUGGUCUCAGCAAUUGCGAGAUUUGAAAGUACAGCUCCAGUCCACAAGUGAUAAAAUUCAGAUAAAUACAGGAAAGAGUGACGAAAUAGAUUGGUCAACGUUGAUUAAAGUAGAUACAAUAAAUGGACCUAUUGCAGCAACUGGAAAGAAGGCAGACAUAAACGUAAAGCCAGAAUCCAGUCCCAACGACAUCCAUAAAGCGCAAUCUAUUACAUCCUACACGGAUGACACGCAACUACAAGUUCGCCCAUUAUUCAGAGGUGGAAAAUUACUGAAUUCAGGAGAAUAUCAAAUGAAACUCAAUGAGUUUUAUGGCAAGCGAAAUCAACAAUGGGACUUGAUUUACCAAGGUACAAAACAUGGCUUCACUAGCAAACAUUUUCAUCAAAGAUGCGAUGCCAAAGGACCCACGAUGACUAUCAUUCAAUCCCUAGAAGGUGGCUAUCUGUUCGGNGACACGCAACUACAAGUUCGCCCAUUAUUCAGAGGUGGAAAAUUACUGAAUUCAGGAGAAUAUCAAAUGAAACUCAAUGAGUUUUAUGGCAAGCGAAAUCAACAAUGGGACUUGAUUUACCAAGGGCAAGCGAUACACGGCGCAGAAUUAAGGGAAUCACAUGUAAAAGACAGAAAAAGCGGUAGUACAGAUGGACAUGAAAGGGCCACAUAA